UGCGCGUAUCCGUCGCCCAUAGUCCUAUCGGGCGCGCUUUCUUUUCGGCCUCACGGACAGUAUGGCGCAUGCGCACACCGGAACACAAUGUUGAGCAAAACGGACUAGAGCAAAGACGGAAAGACGUGCAAGAAAUCGCAAACAUUUUUUUCUCCCUAGUGAAGCAAACGACUGUCGACUUAGAAUAUAUAUACUUCUCAAAAACAUGACGGAGCCCCAAUCAGCACUGUUACUCAGGAGACAGCUAGCAGAAUUGAACAAAAAUCCCGUGGAAGGAUUCUCAGCUGGUUUAAUAGAUGAUAAUGACCUCUACAGAUGGGAAGUGCUUAUAAUCGGUCCUCCUGAUACACUCUAUGAGGGUGGUGUCUUUAAAGCUCAUCUAACGUUUCCCAAAGACUAUCCUCUCAGGCCUCCUAAAAUGAAGUUCAUAACGGAAAUUUGGCAUCCAAAUGUUGACAAGAACGGUGACGUUUGUAUUUCAAUAUUACACGAACCGGGGGAGGAUAAAUAUGGCUAUGAAAAACCAGAGGAACGCUGGCUACCCAUUCACACUGUAGAGACCAUCAUGAUUAGCGUCAUCUCUAUGCUAGCAGACCCUAACGGAGACUCUCCUGCCAACGUUGAUGCUGCAAAAGAGUGGAGGGAAGACAGACAUGGUGAAUUCAAAAGAAAAGUUGCCCGCUGUGUAAGAAAGAGCCAAGAAACAGCCUUCGAGUGAUAUUCAUCCAGCAGCUUGUAGCUUCACUAUUUUCAGGGUCUCCAGUUGAGAAACAUCAUGGCACUGUUUUCUUGCACUCUACCACCCUAUUGCUGGACUGGUUUUCAUCGAUUGUUGGCAGUAACAGACUGGCACUAAUAGGCUACAUCAGAAUAUAUGGCCAUCACAGAUGCUGAUAGAACACGCCAAGCAAGUGCCAACAAAAAAGAGAAAAAAAAACUUUCAAAUGAUUAAUCUUUUCUUCUUUCCAAGUCUAUGAACUGAUACAACUUUCAGGAAGAAAUUGUAAAGACAUGUACAUAGCACAGACAUAAAAACCGGAUAAUAUAUAAUUGUUUCUGUCCAUCCAGCGCGACUUAGUACCAAAUAAAAUAGCAGAUCUGUAGUUAGAGUGUGACAUCCUAUAAAGUUUUUGAAGAGAAUAGUCCAUCUUCAUACUCUCCUCCUACUGCCUCACAUUCAUGAGUCUAUCAGAUCUGUUACAGCUGUGAGCGGCCUCAUACACUCACCUGUCAGAUUGAACUAAAGUUCUGCACUUCUCACUCAAGAUUUGAUCCAGUUGUAGGAUGGGGAAGGCAGGGUUAAGCUGAAAUUAUGAAGCAUGCUCAUCAUGUUGGAUGGCUUUCUCACUCGGGACACUUCAGGUAUAAAAUAAUUAGCUGUAAAGCAUGGCCAUUUUCUAAUAGACUAGGUAUUUCUCUGAUUUGGUUUUAAAUGGGUCGGGGGGAGCGCUCAUAUACAAAGGAUGACUGCAUUUUGAGUGUCAGGCUCUGAUUUUUUUCCUUUUUUCUGUUUUUGAAGUGAGGCGGCAGUGUCAAGGAAACCCAUCAGAUGUGAUUUUUUUUUUUUUUGCAUGUUUUAUGUUCUGUUUAGUUUUCAAAAGUGCCUCCAAUUCUAUUGCUUGGCUUGUUACAUGCCCUGCAUCAAACAGGAGCUAAAGGGAGGAACUUCUCAGAAUCCUCUAAAGCUUAUGUGAAUAUGCGAGUCUUCUCCCAUAAUACCUGUACCAGCAUUUUGAAUAUCUCUUUUUUUUUUUUGUGUAGCAAUAACUCUGUUUUGCCCACUUGAGUAUGGACAUGUUUAAAUUGUAUUUCUGGUAAGAAGCUUGCAUAGGUUUUCCCUUUUUAUUUUUUUUCUGUGGUGUCUUUGAUAAGUUUCUUAGCCAUGCUUUAUAUGUAGGUUUCUGUGAUUUCGACUGAGUGCGCCUGUAUGUAUGAGCGUGUGUUUGAGAAAUUAAGCAUGAUUGUUAGGCAGUGUGUGUGUGUGUGUGUGUGUGUGUGUGUGUGUGUGUGUGUACACGCGCAUGCCUGUUUCCCCCUUUCUCCUACAAUCUUUACUUCUCUGGUUAAUUUUAUUCUGGCUCUGACAUACUACUGCAGUUCUUUUGCCUAAUGUACAAAGACAAAAUACCGAUGUAUAUUUUUCAUGUUAUGGAAAUUGUCACCUCUAGUGAGUUCUUCUAAAAUAUAAAACAUUUUCAAUAUUU